AUGGGUUGCUGUUUUAGCAGAAAUCAUGAAGCUUCUGAGCAGAACCCACCUCCUAAACUUGUUCCAGAAUCAGGCAUUUCUCUUCUUUCACCACCUCAACUUGAAGAAGAAACAGUAAAAGAAGUCCUUUCUGAAACUCCAUCUCAAAAAAGACCUUUUACUAAACUAGAAGAACAGAAACUAAACCCAACCAUUUUACCUUCAUUUCCUAAAAGUGAGGUCUCAGAAGAAGAAGAAGAAGAAGAAGAAGAGAAGAAGAUUGAAAACAAACAAGUCCCUUAUUAUAUGACAACACCAACAACAACUCAAGAAGUAUCAGUGUCCGAAGUUUCAGAGAUCUGUAGUUUGAGUGAAAGUUAUUCAACAACUACACUUACUAAAGAAGAUAUUGAAGAAGGCGAAGUCCGCCAACAACAAAGAAUUGAAAGAUCUCCAUCAAAAAUCCCACAGAGGAGAAGAUCAUCAAGCAAUAAAAACUCAAUUAAUGAUUAUCAGUACGGGAUUUCUGGAAUUGAUUAUCAUCAUAAUAACAGAGAAAGAAGAUCUCCUGUAAGAAGAUCAUCCGAACACCCAUCACCAAAUCGAAGAAAUGACAACAACAACAAUGGUUUCAAAUUCGGGUCAAAUAAUACAGACAUGGGUCAGACAGGAAGAAGGCAACGGAUCUAUACAGCAAAUAAUAAUAGUAAUAACAACAGAAGUUGGAGAGAUCCAGGGGAGAGUUCAGGUAGAAGGUCUAGGUCUCCAUCAGUAACGCGUAAUAACAAUAAUGAAGCAAUGGGGCAGAACAAGUCGGGUAUGGGUCGAAGUCCAUCGGCAAGAAAAGCUGGAAGAUCUCCUGCUCGUAUUCCACCAAUGGCGUCAGAGAACAGUUCGAAAUCAGAGACAAGUAAAGAAGAUGUUGAAGGAAAUGGUAAUGAAUCUCUUGAAAACCCUCUUGUUUCAUUAGAAUGCUUCAUUUUCCUGUAA